CACACAUAUAUAUAUAUAUAUACACGUACCAAAGUCACCCCGGUUUCUCGCGAGCCUCUCUCUCAGACGCCAGGCACUGUCUUGUUCCCCUCUCUCUCUCUCUCUCUAGCCCUCUCCCAAUCAUUCAGACGCAUCGGGCGUCUCUUCGUUUUCCACGCAGACGCCAUGCGUGCUUCCUACCCUUGGCUGCUGUUCUCCUCGUUUACCCCGUGAGCCAGCCAAUGCCCUAGUCUUGUCGCGGCGUGAGCCACAGCUACACCCACGUAACCAGCAAGGCGAACUUCAGUCGUCCGCGCACCCUCUGACAGUGAGGGUGGUUAAUCCGGAGCGAAAUUAUCCACCUUGCCAAGCAAAACGCUCGGGGACGGAACAGUCAGCAGCCACCCUGCCAGGUCUGAUACAAGGCUGUUUUUACACCGUUGGACUUAGGGGUGACACGGGAAUUGAAAGUAGCGGGCGUGCAUCGAGGACCACGAGGCGUCGGCUGCAGAGUUUUCAGAAUUCCUGAAAAGAGGAUUUGGCCACCACCCCCCAACCGCAGCCGGCCUUGGACCCACUGGAAUUUCUGGCAGUCGACUAUCGAACCAGCUGCCAUUGCAUAGCGAUGUGAAGGGGAAUUCAUGUUGAACACCAAUUGCGCGAGGCAGAUUCGACGAAAUCACGAACACGUGGCGAGACGUAAAGCGGGCGUUGAGCCUGCUCUGCGUGCGGACAUUUUCUGGAAGCUCCGCGAUGCUGGAGGCGCCACCAGGAAGUCGUGAGGACCUGGUGGAAGCGGCCAGAACUCCAUGCACGCCAACAGAUCUCGACACCAUGUUAUACGGAUACACGAACAGUAUAUACGUGUUGGAUCACACUCCAGAAGCAUUACCGGACAUAGAUAUGCUGCAACUGUUUGCAUCCCCCGCUGGGAGGGCUCUGGUUACGGGUGAUAACCAGCCGAGAGGAUCGACGUCGACCUCCUCCUUGUCUCGAGAGUCCUCGUCGAGACUGAAGAGCGGCAGAAGAGCAUCGGGCACGGGUACGGUGAGCGCCCCGACGUCACCCCCAAAGCAACGUAAAUCCAGUGCCGAAUUGUACAAGGAGGCUGUGGAAAUUUUGGGACUCACGUGCUCCCUGACGGACAGUUGUCGAUGCAUCGAUUGUCAGAGUAACUACUUCGAUUGCGACGACGACUGUGGAGACGCCAGACCGGAAUUGGCCGCAGGCACGCCGGUACUUCUGGACCACGCCCUCUCGCAUCCCCUUACGUGCUCCAUUCAGUAGCGACCACAUAAAAAUUUACUUGUAAACCAGCCCGUACCACCGUACUAUACAUAUACCUGUACCAUGUGUAUGCGUAGAGGAGAAAUUUAUGAAAGAAAUAAGAGAGGAGACGAAAGCACAAAAGAAGCCCUCUCGCUAAGCUGUCAAGCGUAUAUCGUGAUAAGAGGAAGACGGAAGAAAAAAGUAGAAAGAAGCCUGAAAACGAGAAGUAGGAUUUUUUGAAGUAGCGAUACGUAUCCUGUGCGACGAAGAAAUUUAUAAGGAAAGAGAGAAAGGGGCAAAGAGAAUUUCGGUAUGCUUUCCUUUCUUAUUUUUUUUUCUUCCGUCACCCUCGUUAAAAUCGAGAAAAAAAACAUCAAGGGCCGAACACUUCACGUUCGUCCCAUAUAUCCUACGAGACAUAAAAAUCGUUACUGGCUAUCCUUUUUUUUUAUUUUAUUUUUUUUUUACAUUUUUCAAUGCAAACGAUCAUGCCCAUCCUGUAGGCACUGUUGGUAAAGACUGACUGAAGUAUUCAGGAACAUUCGUAUCCCUAUCUUUAAAGGCAACGUCAACCACGAGAGCAGCCAGCCAGGGAAGUUAACCAUUGACAUUACUCGUAAGGGCUGGCGGAGGGUGGUUGAGGGUAACGUGAGGAAGGGAUAGAAACAAAAAGUCAAGACAACUUCCAAAAGCCAGCAAAGGUCAUAAGUUAUAUGGAAGUUGAAGUUCCGAAAGAUGCUUCGACUCCCGCAGGGAAGUUCAGACGAAGAGUAAAAAGUUGUUACGUGGGAUUACGUGCGUACAGGGUGGAGGGGGAUAAAGUGAAAUAUUGACUUUUGAAAAGAAAAAUUAAAGCAGGUAUUAUUAGGAUUCCAUUAUUUAGAAAAUUUGUCAAUUAUCGUUAAACCGUUUGUCUGUUAACGUAUUUCAAAGAAAUGUUGCGUUUUCACGUGAAUUUUUGGGUAUCGCAAAAAAAAGUCAUUCGAUCGAUUCGUUACCUUUCAUUGACUUUAUAUUUACUGCAAGUGACGUUCAUUUAAUUGGAAUUUGAUUCGUUCUAUUUGACACUUGGGUCCUUAAUAAAUUAACAAUAUGAAAAGGACGUUUGGUAACGUCAACUGCUAUAGGGACAAACUUGUAAAUUUUUUAAUAUUUUCAGUCUAAAGAGAGUAGCCCUUUAUCCGAUAAAUAAAUAAAUAAAUAGAUAGCUCCAGUUUUGACAGCUGUCUCCGAAUGUUCGUUUCACGUGCUGACACAAGGAAAAUACCUUUAGCGUCAUUGGAUAGUCGAAAUACAUAAACCGAUAGAUAACAAAACCGAAAGAUAACGAAAAACGAACGAGUAGGAUAAAAUUUAAAGAAAGAGGAAAAAUAUUGAAAAAGAAAAUUAAUACUUGCAGAUGAAAAUAACCGUGUUUAAUGAAUUCAUUAAUCCUAGUGGACAAGGUUAAUUUUUAAACUCGAACUUGUAAUCACUAAGAUUUCCUCGAUAUGACUGCAAAAAAGUUUUUAGAAGUAAAUAGUCUUUGAAAAAUUAAGAUAAACGAGAAAAAUUUUCUUUUUCACAUUGUUAUCGCGAUUCGUUUUAUCCUUUUCCCGUAAAUUUGUAUAUAGGGUGUGUACAAUUAAAAAAAUCUGGAUUCAAGGAUCGGAUCAGGGCACGCUUAAUGAAUUGUGGAAUGGAAAUUAAUAAAAUUUUUUAUCCUUGUUUAUUUUUCCUCGUAAAACAAAAGUGAGAUAUUAAAAAUCGAACGAACGAUGAUUACGCACAGGUACAGUGUGAAUUUUAUAUCGUGUCGAAAAUACAGAUCGAAACGCAUAAACUGACGUUUUGUUUCUGCCUUCGGGCAGAUGGACAGUCGGGAGUUAAUUAAAUGGACGAUCCUUAAACGAUUGUCUACGAAACUUCGUACUUGGCUCAAAUUGGACGAAUUUACCGAUAAAACGCGACACAUGCCAAAUUUCGCCAAAUUUAUUAUAUAUGUAUAUGUAAUGAAGAGUCGCGCUGACGAAUUGUCAGCGUAAGACAUGGGUGAAACGAACUGUAUAGUUACCAAUUAACUGAUUACCGAUAUACAUGAAGAAAAAAAAAGUAUUAUAUAUAUAUAUAUAUGAAAAUAUAUUAUAUUUACUACACGUUUUAUUAUUAAUAACGAUAACAUAGCGAUGCGUUAUCACGACACAUACAACGCGUUUAACUCGUUACUAGGUUAUUACAUUAUAUACAUAACAUAAAUAUAUAUAUAUAUAAUAUUAAUAUCGUUAACGUAUAUGUGAAGAUAAUUUUUUGUAAAAUAAUUCCAUUACAAUUUCAUAUUGGAUCGAAAAUUAUAAUAGCGUUUAAAUUUACAGUCGUAGAUGUUAGUAGAUAAUUAUAAACAAAUUAUGUAUUGUUAUAACGAUAAACGAACUUAGGGCCUGAAUUCACACGUUCCGAAAGUCCUACAUUCGUAUUUGCACGAAUCGCAUUUAAUAUAUUUUUUUUUUUUUUCUUAACACUUUCGCUACUCGAUUAUUGCGUUGUCGUAUAAUCGCACGGUCGGUGAUUUUGCGCAAAAAGGGUACAAGAGUGCCAAAAAUAUACAAAUGUAUACAGACGCGUACAAAUACAAAAAUGUACACUUGCACGCACAUAUUCGCAUAAUCAUAGUCGGUGAACACGUAAAGUAACUUCAAGUGACAGAUGACAAGAUACGAAGCACGUGGUCAAAUUUUCCUAUUUGUAUUUUUUUUUUUUUUUUUAAUAAUGUAUGAAAAAUCAAUAUAAAAUCAGCUGAAACUAUAACCUUUUGAAAAAAUGAAUAUUUGCACGUGAAAAACUUUGCCAUGCGACUCACCAGCGCGAAACACGUGUUCCCAUCUGUCACUUUGAAGUAUUUCACUCAUGGACAGACUAUGUUAUGCAUUAAACGAGAGAACGUACGACUGCACCAUGAAUGUUUUGAAAAAUUGAGUAGGAAAUUUUGGUGUACUGGCAAAAAAAAUUUUCGAAGUAACAGGAGAGUCUGCGAAAAUGCACGCGUUGCGUCUAGCAUGGAGAUACCGCAAAAAAAAGUUAUGUAUGGGUGUCCAAGUGAAAAUGGGGAAUAACGGUGGAUUCGUGUGUAACGCGAUGUCAGAUGCAAAUCGACGUGUCCAGUGUUUUUAAUCUUAACGAUAACGAGUCAUUAUCAAUGACGAUUGAUAGCAAGGUGUUUUUAAUUGGAAUUAAUUAUCAGUAACGAUAUUAAACGUAGCUAGUGAGAGUAACGUUUAAAGAGUUGAUUGAAAGUUUGAAAAAGAUCGGUGCGAUUUCAAAAAAAAAUUUUUUUCGUUUUAAUAUUAUACAAUUCGUUUUUCCUAGGCGUACCUGUACACUGUGUCGAUUGGAGAUCUGGCGUUUGUAUAGUAUAACCUGUUUAUGAUAAUCAUUAAUUUUGUGACAUAUUUUGAAAACUCGCCGAUUUUUUUUGCCAUUUAAAUCUUCGUCAAUCAAUGUAGGGAUUAUUAUUGUAUGCGAGUCUUUUACCAGAUUAGCAUUUCUCAUCGAAGAAAGUAAUCCACGCAUAAAUGAUAACCUUUAUGAUAACGGAUGGUGUCAUUAAAGCGUGAGAGCGGCAGAGGAGAGAGUGCGGAAGUGUGAGUGUGUGUAUGGGAGAGGUAUGCAUAUGAGAGAAUAUGCACACGUGGUUGCAUGCUAAUGAGAUAGUGAGAGAGAGAGAGAGAGAGAGAGAGAGAGAGAGAGAGAGAGAGAGAGAGAGAGCAGCGAAUGACACGUAUGAAAACCAAAAACGGACACGCGCGUCAAGCGUUGAUGAAAUAGAACCAAAGCUUAAACGAUUUACAAUAAAGACUCUGCCUUUUUAUCCGUCGCUCGAAGACAAUGCAAACAGAGAGGUGAAGAAAUUAUGUGACGAAGAAUAUCAGAGACAUGCAAAUCUUAUAUUACGAUUGCGAAUAACGGACUCUUGGAAUAUGAUUAACGAAACGAUUUAAUAAAUUUAAUUUCUGUUUGAAAA